AAUUGAAAUAGAAAGAUUGAACAGACUAUAUAAUGAAAAAUUUUUAUCAUGUAAAAAUCCUUCAAACAUUUGGAAAUUUUUCAAUAAACUUACAAGUAAAACACAAAUGUCUGUUGAUGCUUAUUCUGAUGCUAAUGCUUUAAACAAAUCAUUUAUCAUGAAACAAAUUAAUAUGGUUGUACCUGAUGUACCUAGUCAAGAUAAAGGUCAUUUUCCGGGUUUUAAAGAAAAGGAUGUAAUAUUAUGUUUGAAAUCUUUAAAUCCAACACACAGCCUUGAUCCAGAUGGUGUACCAAGCAUUCUUCUUCAGAAGUGUGCAGACAUCUUGUGUCAUUCUCUUACUCAAAUCUUUAAUGCAUCAUUUAACAGGGAAACGGUACCUGCUGACUGGAAAGAAAUCAAGGUUGUACCUGUACAGAAAUCAUCUUCUGAAGCAGGUAUAAAGUUUAGACCGGUAGCCAUAACAUCUCCUUUUUUGAAAACUAUGAAGAAACUUCUUUUGAAUAUUCUUAAACCUUCUUUAAAAGCUUUUAGUGACCCUAAGCAGUUUGCUUAUAAGUGUGGAAGAAGAACAUUAGAUGCAGCCAUUGUACUGCACCACAAUAUUGUUUCCUGCCUUGAUAAGGGUGCUAAGUUCGUUCGAACAGCUUUUUUGUACUAUACUGCAGCUUUCGACUCUGUUCCUAGGCCACUUUUAUUAGGAAAGAUGAUUUCAGCACAAACAGAGUCCUGGUGCAACUAUAUGGCUGUCUUCUUAUUUUAAGGAUAGGAAACAGCAUACUGUUUUGGCUGGAAAGCGCUCCGCUUCUCAGCUAACUGAAAGUGGUGUGCCUCAAGGUGCAGUACUUUGUCCAUUUCUUUUCUCUUUCUUUUUGCAUGACCUUCCGAACUCACCCAAAGUUAACUUCAUUAAGUAUGCUGAUGAUCUGACCGUUUCUGUCCCUGUAGUGUCCACAUCGGAUUGUUCCCAUAUGAAUGGCUUCUUAGCUGAAGUCGAGGAUUGGUCUGGCUCAAAUGGUCAUAAACUAAAUCCAACUAAAUGUAAUACUGUUGAUUUCAGCUUGAGAAGUGAAAAAGACAUGCAUGGAUUGAUCCAAUCUCAUGAUUGUUGUAAUAUUGAUGGUACCAUGAUAGAGAGUAAGUCAAGUAAUUCUUAUCUUGGCAUUAGUUUCUCUUCAAACCUUUACUGGUCGUCUCAUAUUCUUAUAGUUUCUAAGAAAGUUUUCCGUCUGACUUAUAACAUAAAGAAGUUGAGGCACUCAGGUAGAAGCCAACCUCUUCUCAUACAAUUUAUUAAUUUAUGUGUUUGCCCAUCAUUCUUUAUUGUUCCCUAUUAUUCUUCCCUGGGCUA